GCAGCACGAGAACCUGGUUUUGGUGAACAUGCCAAGAUGCCACCCUAUACGUCUACUGGUGAUACGGAUGACAACAGUUCCAGUGACACUGAUCGUGUGACACCUUUAAUUUACUGCAGCCAAGCCAAACCAAAAAAAUGCUGAAAACACCCAUCCCACCUCCAAGAAAAGUUGAUCCUUUGAAAGUAAAAUCUUGUGGUAAAAUUCUCACUAGCAGCGAAUGUAUGGCUAUUAUGGAUAAAAAAAAAGAAGAGAAAGAUGAAAAGGAAAGGCUUAAGGCUGAGAGAAAGCGUUUGCAGGCUGAGAGGAAGCAAUUGAAGGCUGAAAACAAGCGUUUGCUGGCUGAAAAACGAGCUUCGAAGCUAUUAGCCAAGAAAUCGGGAAAGAGUGUUUCCACAAAAGUGUCUAAAGCUCAGCAUUCCUUAUGUGUUGAAAACCCACCUGAACCGGUUUUUACUGCUAAAGAACUUGAACUUUUUACCACCAGGUUUGAAAAUGGUUUUGACCUCACGCAUGAUGACCGAUAUAACUUAUGGUUAAAAGAAAAUGGAUCUCCCCAGAAUGCCAGGCAAAAGCGAGUUACGAAGCCUACUUUCAAAGUGAGAGAAAGCAUUGGUCAAGAUUGGAGUGAUGCUGAUGAGUUGUGCCACGUGACGGGGAUAGAUUCAAGUGGCGUAUCUGAUGAAGAGCCAGUCAAGUCCAAGGUACUGUCUGUUGCAGAGCAAAGAAGGAACGCUGGAGUGAGGGCAACUAGAGCUAACCCAUCUGGAAGCAGUGUUGGAUUGAGAGCUACUAAAUCUACUAGAGCUAACCCGUCAGUGCUCGAGGACGAUUCUUUUUGUUCUGCUACUGAUUGCUCUGUACAAAAGAGCGGGAUAGAGUUCCCUGUGUGGAUCAGUUGUGAUGUGUGCUCCAGGUGGUAUCAUCUUUACUGUAUAGGACUGAAGAAAACCAAGAAACAGUUUACUUGUGUACAAUGUAUAUAAUGAACAGUAAGCUUGUGUAGAUCUAUAUUCAAUGUGUAUAGUUGUGAUUAAAUACAGUAUACUACCUUUCUGGGCUCUGGUAGAGAUCGAUUUUCUUUUAAC